AUGGAUCAAAAUGAAUAAAAAGAAUAUAUAUUCAAAGAUAUCUGUCUUUCAUCUAUAUUCUGCAAAGAUAACUCUUGCUAAUUAGAUCAUUCUAGAAUAUUUGUGGGAGUUUGCAUUGAUUAUUUAAGAGAUGAAUAAUAAUAUUAUAAUGAUGGAGGAGAUGAUUUUUCAUAAUCGAAAUGCAAGAACAAGAAUUGUAACUUAUGGCACUUUAACUCAGAAAAGUUUAAUGAUUAAGUGUCUAAAAAACCAAUAAACGGUAUAUAUCCUCAUAAUCUAUGUCCUAAAAGUUGUAAAUCUGAAGAUUGUAAGUAUUUACAUAGAGAAUGGGCUCAAAAAGUGUGUUUUGAUUAUAUUCUCAAAGUUUGUAGAAAAGCUAAAUGUGAUUUUAAUCAUGUGCGUUGGGAGGCAGAUUUCUUUAAAGAAGAAGCUAAAUCUUGCUCAAUAAUUAAGGAUACUACUCCAGAAGAUUAGUGUGAAAAAGAAAAAUGUAAUUGUGGAAAACAUCCUGUUUGGUUAAAAGAUUAUUGUGUAAGAUAUUUGAAGGGAAUAUGUCCAAAUAAAAAAUGCUUAAAAAAUCAUACUGAUUGGGAAAAGAUUAACAAUCGAAUCAACUAAACGAAUGCUGUAAAAUCAUGUAUUGUUAUUGCAAAAGAAAGAAAAAAAUUAACUCAAGAUAUUCCAAGUUUCAAUGAAAUAGUAUUAUUGUGCCAAGAAUCAGAGUUUAAUCAUUAUAAAAAAUGGUUUUAAGAAUAAAAUAUUAUUGAUGUUGUAUUUAUUAUGGAUUUAACUGGGUCUAUGAAACCUUGGAAAGAGAUUAUGCAAAAAACUAUAGCUAAAAUUAUAGAUUCAUUUUUAAAUUCAAUUAAUGGAUAUCAAGUUAGAGUUGCUUUUGUAGGUUAUAGAGAUAUAUGUGAUGGGGAUGAUAAGUUAGUUUAUUUUAGUUUUACAAAAAAAAUUAAUGAAAUUCAGAAUUUUAUAUAAAAAAUAGAAGUGAAAGGAGGUGGAGAUGAAGCAGAGGAUGUAGUCUCUGCAUUUGAAUAAGCUUUAAAACUUAAUUUUUCUCAUCAUUAAGACAGUUUACUAUGUACAUUUUUACUUGCUGAUGCUCCUUGUCAUGGAAGAGAUUAUCAUAAUAUUCAAUCUGAUGAUUUAAUUGAUAAAAUGCCUAAGAAUUAUUUUGAAAAUGUUUUGGAGAAAUAUAAAUAAAUAAAAAAGAAUAAUUUUUUAUGUUGUGUUAAAAUCAAUAAUAGAACAGAUAUUAUGUUUGAGAAAAUGAAAGCAAUAAUUCCAUUGUUGACAAUAACAACAGAAAAAAAACCUGAAGAAUUAGUAGAUGUAGUUGGAUUUACAUUAAGAAUGUCUGUAACAGAAUCCAAAAAGUUAAAAUCUUAAAUUAAUGAUAAAUUCUAAUAUUUUAAAGCAGAUUUUGAAAAACUUAAAUUAGAUACUAUAGUUACUGAAUAUGAGGAUGAAAAUUAUUGGAAAGCAUAUCAUGAAAUGAUUGAUUCAUUGAAAAGAAAAGGUUAAACAGGUUUAAAAAUAUCAAUUGAUAUUAAUGAAUUAAAUAAAGAAAAAGAUAAUUCUUCUACAUAUAUAUUUAAGGCCUUUGAUGCUAUCAAUAAUAGGGAAGUUAUUCUUAAAAUUCCAAAAAAAAUAGUUGACAAUAAAGGUCCAAUUAGUAAUGAAGAUAUCAAAGAGGCUGAAGAAAUUGCAUAGGUAAGAUUUUACUCAUCUUGCUAUGCUUGUUAAAUGGCAUAUUUUUUUAAUUAAAGAUUAAAAGAUUAUAAACUAUUAAAUGAAAUGCAACCUCUCUUUUAUGCUCACCCAAUAUUGUACAAAUUAGAUACACCAUUCUAUGGAAUGAAAACGAUUUAUGGUGAAACCUUUAUACAGAUUAAAUAUAAAUUUGAAAAGUAUACUACAAAUAGUGUAUAUUCUGAUAAAAAUAAAUAUUUUUAUUCAGCAUUUAGUCAUUUUUCAUUUCAAGCUAGUUAAAAAAAUUUAGUCAUUAUGGAUUUACAAGGAUGUAAUAAUAUCCUAGCAGAUCCUUCAAUCUAAACCGAUUAGAAUUGGAAUUCAAUUUUAGAUAAAGAUGAUACUAAUAGAAAAAAUAAAGGAAUUGAAGAUUUUAUAUCAAUUUAACAUAAAGAAUGCAGUUAAUUAUGUAAAAAAUUAUAACUCUAAUAAAUUAAUUAAAAUUCUUAAAUUAAUCCUAAUAGUUGUCCUCAAGAAUUAUUAAAAAAUAUUUAUGGAAUAUGUUAUGAUUGUGAUGAAUUUGUUAAUUUAGAAGUGGAACCACUUGAAAAUGAAAAGAAUAAGAAAUAUAAAUUUAAUUGUCAGUUUUGCUUAACUGAGUCUUAAAAUAUAUUAAAUUCAGAAUGCAAAUGUUGUCACUAUAUAUACUAAACUCCUAUUAAUAAAGAAAUUAAAUAAUAGACAAAUUUGGGUUUAUGUCAAGAUUGUAAAAAUAAAUGUAUAAAUCAGGCUAAUAAAUGUCUUUAUUGUAAGAGAAGUUGUCAAAAAAUACUGAAAGAGAUAACUAUUAAUAAUUCACCUUAUUAUUUAUGUGAAAAUGCCUUAGAAUAUCUCUAAGCAUUUUAAUGUAAUAAAUGCAAUAAACCAUAUAAAAGAAAUUGUAUUAUUUCUAUUGAAGAUUAUGAUAAGAAAUCAUUUUCUUGUUGUUGA